GAAGGUAUGGUGGUGGCGGCGGCUGCGCCGGGUAUUCGGCCUGGGCAGCCGGCAAUUCGGAGGAUAGAAAGAGAAAAAAGAUCAGAAUGGAAUGGAAAGGCAGUCAGGUUAGCCGAGCAACGGUGGGAGAGGCUAGGGACGAGGCAAGGCAAGCGAUUUAGCUGCUGCUGGUUCGGCAAGCCACGAGUUUGAGUGCCGAGGUCCCGUUGCCCGUGCCUGCACCGGGAGAGGCGUCAUGAAAGCGCGCCAGUUGAUCGAGUGUACCUCUCGACGGACGAAACUUCGGUUUUCCCAUCGUUGAUUCCACUUUUGUACCCCCCAGUUCUUCCGCUUUCGUGGCGAGCGUUUCAUUCGCGUGUGUCGUCUGCGUCUCGUCGUUUAUUAGUUACCGUUCUGGGAGUAGAACAGGAUUCGGAAACCGAUCCAUGGACAAAGGAUACCCGUCCGUGUGUUUUCCCCCGCGUUUCCCUUCGAGUGACAUGUCCUUGUUUUCCCGUGAGCACUCGGCAUCUUUUCCGGCAAACUGGGACAACGCGUGUGUACAUUGAGAAACUUCUGUACGUAUUGGCUCGACGAGAUUUGAAAUCUGGGUGAUGCGUUCUGUGAUUCAGUGAUUCCCUUCGGUUCCGCGAUCGUACACGGAAUGGUACCUUGACAUAUUGAUCCCGCAGGUGUGGCCUCCACGACGAAACCAAAGAGUGAUCGAAAGAAUGAGAACUCGUUCCUGUCAGUAGGCAGUUACUUUUGUUUGUGCUGAUAAGUUCCGUUUCGCGGCUGGUAUUUCACCUUGACGUUGGGGCAUCGAAUGUGGCGUGCUGAACAAAACCAUUGGCACUGGCAUCAUUUUCUCGUAGAAUCGCGGGCAAAUCUGGAACAGAAUACGUAUUGUUACAACGUUUUCUGAAAUGUAACUUUGAACUUGAGACAGUCGAAAGUAUUUAAUAAAUCAAAGAGAACCGAAGGAACACAGCCGAAGUGUUACACACCUACGAGAGUCCCCGUAUCGUUCAGUUCGUUACCUUGUCGUUGUCCCGCCUGCGCUGAAGGGCGGCAUCCCCUCCGGGUCGUUAUCCCGUCCCAAGUGUUCCGACGAAGCGAGGCGAACGUACCGAGAGGAAAUUCUCCAACGGCGGCGAGCAAUUUCGUUUCGGAUUUCACGUAACAGAAAGACGUAACGUCGUUACCGAACGCACACGGCUAUCCGCCGACGAAACGCGAUUCUUCUUUAGGGAUUCGUUUCGACGGUCGAUCGACGGUAUGCCGACCGUGUCAACAGCGCCCAGUAACUUUCUAGUCUGAAAAUCAAUUAGGAACGGAUCAUAAGAAACGAACAAAAGAAGGGAAAGAAAAAUAGAAAGAACGUUAGUCAACGAAGAGCACCGAGUAGUUCCAGCUUUCGCAGUCAUGACGGAAGGAGGAACCGGAAGGACGAGGAAAAAGAAGGCCACGUGAUCUCAGCACCGUUCAGUUUCCGAACGCUUGAUCGAGAAUAGCGCGCGCGCGAGAGGUAGACGAAGAGAGAAACGGCGAGGAAUCGAAAAGGUGGCGAGCGAGGCGGUUUCGUGGCACGCAGAGCCGCGGUGACACAACGAGAGGGAAAAAGAAGCGUGUUCCAGCCAGCCCGAACUAAAGUUAGCCCGCGGAUGGAUAUGGCAGCUGUCGUUCCCUCUGACUACUUCGCUCCUCGAACUCGCUGCUGUUAUCUGCCGCGUGGUACCUGCAAGUCAGGCAAACAGGUGUUGCCGCGGGAUGUCCAUCAGGUCGGGACACAUGAUUUCUCGUGAUACGAGGCACGCCGAACGAAUUCCAGUGUCUCCGAUCGAUUGAGGGACAGAGCGAGCUGGUGUAUGCGUAGCGCGUGUUGUUCUCGCGGUGACGGAAAGUGUUUUGCCGACAAGUAGAGUUUUAGCGGACAAGUAGACCGGAACAGAAGAGAAAGGGGAAAAUAAAGAGGAGGGAGGCUGCGGUGGAUAGAAUUCGUUGCAUUCGUUCGCCCCAUGACUUCGUUAAGGAUGAAGAGCACGGCUGUCGAUCGCCCGCAGCCGAAUUUCACCUUUUACGGCAGUCUGCUACUUUUUUUGACGCUGCUUGCCGAGGUAACGUAUUCGGCCGAUCUCGCAAUUGAGAUACCAGGAAACUUGAGCCAGGGAGGCUCUUGGUAUCGUUUAGAUUACAGCCCUGCUGUUGGUUAUCCACCACCGAACACCACCAUAGCCGCCACAGACAUAGGCGAUGUUAUCAAAUUCAAGGAUGGUCUUCCUGGAACUAAAUACGAAUUUUGGUUGUAUUAUAGUAAUAGCACACUUCACGAUUGGCGAACAUGGACGGCCUCCAUAACCACAGCGCCAGAUCCUCCGUCAAACUUGACCGUCGCGGUAUGGAAUGGCAAGACUGCAGUAGUUUAUUGGUCACCGCCAGCUCAGGGAAAUUAUUCCGGCUUCCGGUUGAGAGUCCAAAGUUUCAGCGACACCGGAAACACAAAAACGAGCGUGAUCCCUGCGGAUGCGGUUCCUUAUGUGCUUCGCGAUCUUAUCCCUGGGGCGACGUAUUCCCUACAGCUUUUCACCGUGUUAGACACCAAAGAAAGCGUGGCUUAUACCAGUAGAAAUUUUACUACAAAGCCCAACACUCCUGGAAAGUUUAUUGUAUGGUUUAGGAAUGAAACAACUUUAUUAGUUCUUUGGCAGCCGCCCUAUCCUGCUGGGAUUUAUACUCAUUACAAAGUUAGCAUAGAUCCUGCUGAUGCCAUAGAAUCUGUUCUUUAUGUAGAAAAGGAAGGGGAACCACCUGGGCCAGCGCAGGCCGCUUUCAAAGGACUCGUACCUGGUAGAGCUUAUAAUAUCUCCGUGCAAACGGUGUCAGAGGAUGAGACUUCAACCCCUACGACAGCGCAAUAUCGAACGGUACCAUUGCGUCCUUUGAAUGUUACCUUCGAUAAGUCUUCGAUAACAUCGACUUCUUUCCGCGUAUUCUGGAAUCCCCCCGAAGGAGUGUCCGAAUUCGAUAAGUAUCAAAUAUCGCUAGGGAGUAACCGAAGACUUGCACCGGUCACCAGAAAUCUGGAUGACGAGAGAAGAUGGGAAUUCAAGGAUUUAGAACCGGGAAAAACUUACCAGGUUGUUGUCAAAACGGUAUCGGGCAAGGUUACUAGCUGGCCGGCUAGCGGAGACGUGACUUUAAAACCGUUGCCGGUACGUGAUUUACGUGCUGUCAUCGACGAAAAAACUGGUAUGGUGGAGGUCUCUUGGCUUCCUGACAAUUCCAGUACUCAGGAUAAUUAUAAGCUUCAGUAUCACGAGGUGGAAACAGCGAUAGGUGGUGAUAGCAAUACGUUGACUACCGAUAAGACAAAAGUUACGCUAGAAGCUCUAUUACCUGGCCGAAAUUAUUCGAUAAUCGUACAAGCAAUUAGUAAUAAAGUUGAAUCGAAUGAAACCGUUUUCUAUCAAGUUACGCGUCCGUCGAGUCCGAUCAUCGAGGACCUGAAACCGACUGAGAUGGGACUGAACAUUUCGUGGAAAAGCGAUGUGAAUUCGAGGCAGGAGAAAUUCGAAGUGACACACAACAGAAAUGAUACUGGAGAAAGUGCAACGACAUUGACCACGGAAUCUCACAUUCUUCUUGAAGACCUUUAUCCUGGCGCGGCGUACGAAGUCAAAGUAUUCGCCAUUAGUCACUUCCUCAGAAGUGAACCGCACGAUUAUUUACAAGCUGUUUUGCCUCAUCCGCCAAAGAAUUUAACCUUCGAAAGAGUAACUAGCAACACCGUUGUCGUUCAAUGGGCAGCACCGACAGAUUCAUUAUACACCGAAUUUUCAAUCAAAUAUCGAACAGAAGACGACCCGAGAUGGGUAAAAUUACCCAGUGUCCGAGAAACGGAAGCGGAAGUGGCGGAUAUGACUCCAGGGGAAAAAUACACGAUUCAAGUUAACACUGUUAGUUAUGGAGUCGAAAGUCUUUAUCCUCUUCAAGUGAAUCACACAGUUCGUCCAAAUCCUGUGGUCAAUAUCACUCCAAUCAUUGACUCGACGAAUGUGACGCUUGAAUGGCCACGGCCGGAAGGCAGAAUCGAGACCUACGUGAUAAGAUGGUGGCCGUUCGAGAAUUCUGAGGACGUCCGGUCAAAGAACGUUACGGAGAGCAACGACGUGUCCAGCGUACUUUUCGAUGAGAACGCUGUGCAAAGAGUACUCGUCAGCGAUUUGAUGCCUGGCGUUCAAUAUUCUUUUAUGAUCUACACGGUGUCCUACGACCUGGUCAGUGAUGUCACCAAUUUGACCACCAGGACAAUGCCGCUAAUCCAAUCGGAAGUGGUUGUGGUGGUCGAUCGAGAUCAACCGGACUCCUUGACCUUGAGGUAUACACCGACACCUAUCCAGUCCUCGAUUUUCGAUCUGUAUCGAUUCCGGAUUAGCGACGAGAACAACACGACGAAAGAGCGGCUGGUUGACGACACCGACACUAAAGUGACCUUCACUGGCCUAACACCUGGUAAACUCUACAACGUGACGGUUUGGACUGUCAGCGAUAACGUGGAGAGCAGACCUCUGCUUAGGCAGGACCGACUUUAUCCUGAACCGAUCACAGCACUCCAGGCUAUAGACAUUAACGAUACCAGAAUCACAUUGACAUGGGAUAUUCCACGCGGGCAAUACGACGGAUUCGAAGUUCAAUAUAUAAAUACGGAAGGAAACUACAUUCAAAACAUCACAUCGAUGAAUUUGAUUACCAUCUCCGAUCUGAAACCCCAUAGAAACUACACCUUUACACUGAUAGUCCGUUCGGGCACAGCGUCUUCUUAUCUCAGAGUCUCGAAUCCUCUAAGUGCAAGUUUCACCACUAGCGAAUCUUAUCCUGGAAAAGUUGAAAAAUUUCAUCCUACCGACAUUCAGCCAAGUGACAUCAGCUUCGAGUGGUCUCUGCCUAGUCAAGAGCAAAAUGGCAUCAUCAGAAAAUACACUAUCACCUAUGGACUAGAAGGUUCAGCGCAUACUCAGAUGCAAGACUUCAAGCCAGGCGAGUACCGUGGAGUGAUCAAAACUCUCAUACCAGGAAAAACCUACAUCUUUCGGAUCCAAGCUCAAACGAAAAUCGGUUUUGGACCUGAAGCGAUUUGGAAGCAAAAAAUGCCGAUUCUUGCGCCACCAAAGCCACCCACUCAAGUGGUGCCAACAGAGGUUUGCAGAAGCAGUAUGACGAUUCAGAUACGCUUCAGGAAAAAUUAUUUCAGUGAGCAAAAUGGCGCAGUUACAUCUUACACCAUCAUCGUGGCCGAGGAUGACAGCAAGAACGCGUCUGGCUUAGAAAUGCCUAGUUGGAGAGACGUCCAAGCUUACAGUAUUUGGCCUCCGUAUCAGGUGAUGGAACCUUAUUAUCCUUUUAAAAAUGGCUCCGUAGAAGACUUCACGAUCGGCAGUGAGAAUUGUGAUAACAAAAUUGGAUACUGCAAUGGACCACUGAAGUCCGGUUCAACAUAUCGGGUGAAAGUUCGCGCUUUUACUGCACCUGAUAAAUUCACAGAUACGAGUUAUAGUUUUCCAAUUCAAACAGGAUUGCUGCUGGCAGAUAAGGAUAACACGGCCAUUAUAGUGGGAGUCACGGUUCCAAUAGUGCUUCUACUGACUUUAUUGGGUAUUGGGUUGUUGGUGAGAAGACGAAGAAGCCAAGGUCGUAAAACGACCGAAACGAGAACAACAGACAAUUUAUCUUUACCGGACAGCGUAGUUGAGACUAGUCGACCAAUCAAAAUCGAGGACUUCUCCGAGCAUUACCGUACAAUGUCCGCGGAUUCCGAUUUCCGUUUCUCGGAGGAGUUCGAAGAAUUGAAACACGUUGGAAGGGACCAGCCUUGCACAGCGGCAGAUUUACCGUGCAACAGACCAAAGAAUCGUUUUACGAACAUUUUGCCCUACGAUCACAGUAGAUUUAAGCUCCAGCCUGUGGACGACGAGGAGGGUUCAGACUAUAUCAACGCUAAUUAUGUUCCCGGUCACAAUUCUCCAAGAGAAUUCAUUGUUACUCAAGGGCCAUUGCAUUCAACGCGCGACGACUUCUGGAGAAUGGUUUGGGAAAGCAACAGCAGAGCGAUUGUAAUGUUGACUAGAUGUAUCGAGAAGGGUAGGGAAAAAUGUGAUCAUUAUUGGCCAAUGGACACCCUGCCGGUCUAUUAUGGAGAUAUUUGUGUCACAAUAUUGAAUGAGACACAUUAUCCAGACUGGAGUAUCACAGAGUUCAUGUUGUGUAGAGGUGACGUGAAGAGGGUGAUACAACAUUUUCAUUUUACAACGUGGCCUGACUUUGGUGUUCCGAGUCCACCUCAAACGUUAGCCAGAUUUGUGCGAGCUUUUAGAGAGAAAGUUCGGUCCGAUCAGAGGCCGAUUGUUGUGCACUGCAGCGCUGGUGUUGGGCGCAGCGGUACCUUCAUCACGUUGGACAGAAUUCUCCAGCAGAUUCUGGUGUCCAAGUAUGUCGAUAUCUUCGGAAUUGUCUGGGCAAUGAGGAAAGAGCGCGUUUGGAUGGUCCAAACGGAGCAACAAUACAUCUGCAUACACCAGUGUCUUCUGGCAGUUUUGGAAGGCCAAGACAUGACUGGGCCUCCUCGGGAGAUCCAUGACAACCAAGGAUUCGAAGGCAAGAAUCGAAGCUCGGUCGAAAACACAAAGAGUCCUGCAGAGGAUGAGAAGGAAAGGUGACCUUCGAACUGUGAAUCCUGUGGUGAUGAUGACGAAGGAAUUGCGGAAUCGGGCAUGUGAUGUUCGAGUGUCUCAUUACAGUCUGGGAUCAAUGAAGAGAAUGACUUUUAAGUGGUACCUCGAAAAGGUAGCGUGAAACAAAGGAGACAGUGAUAUUAAAAAAUGACAAUUCGAGACAACGUGGAGAAUCAUCCGUGAAAGUGUUCGAUUUCGAUGAACCGAAACGUUGUUAAAUCAACCGUGGAUCCAAGUGAUACAGUUUUAGUUUCGUGAAGUUGUAUAGCUAGAGUGAUGCACGAGCCUAAACAGAACGAUGACGAGAAGCGACUGGAAUACUCGUUUCGUGUUUCGUAUGAUCAUCGGGGGCAAUGUUCAACGGACGAAUUACAGUUCUCGACAAUAAUUAUUUAUUUCUCUCGAAGCUUCGGUAUGAAAAUGUCACGCAAAUCCGAGGAUAACGACCGCCGUUCCACCCGACAGAAAUCCUCUACAAUUUCCAAUCACGGGGGAAGUUACAGUCGAAGUGUAGCAAAAAGGAUAGUCCUAUCUUUUAUAUGAUAGCUAGAUUAUGUUAAGUGAUCUGAUUGUGCUCGGAAAGUAUUCAAGAAAGUUUCUUCGGGCGAGCGAGGAGUAAUUAUUAGACAAAAUCGAACAAAGACAAGGAACAAUGAUCAAAUUUUCAAUGGAAAAGAAAAAGGAAAAGAAAAAGAAAAAGAAAAAGAAAAAGAAAAAGAAAAAAACCGAUCAAAAGAAGAAGCUGUUUACCUUGAUGAACGCUAACGAUGAUUUUUUUUUUAUUUGUUUCUUUUUCCUUUCUUUUUGGUUUUUAAUAGUUAUUUAUACACCGAAGAGACGCAGACAACAUUUUUGAGCGAAGUCGGCAAAUGCGAACAGAAAGAAACGGGUCAGUUGAAGUAGCUAACAGUUUUUUUUAUUGGCGUAGCGUGCGCCAGGACUGGAUCAUCGCCAUUUUGUAAAUAUGAAUCGCCCGUAUCGACCAUUUCGAGCGAGUUACAUAGACGGUUUCAGAUUUGCUGAACGAAUCCGGGACACUUUGAUUUCUAUGUUUUCACGAUUGAGGCCAGCGUUUAGGCGUCCAUCGUGAUAUAGAUAACUCCAGGUUGCAUAUCGUAAUGAUUGUAACAUUGGGUUGCCACGUUUUAAUCGAGAGAAUUCGAUGCGUGACGAAACAAUGCAACGAUAACUGUGACUCUAACGAUCUUCGUGAAAGAGUUGCUGAUGGAAUCUGAAGAUAAUCUGAAGAUACAAUCGUCACAUAAAUUGAAUACAAAAUUACUUUAUAGAUGAUUAAUGCCAUCAUAAGUUUAAAACUUUUUAAAUUACAGAUUGUUUUAAAUGGAAUUAUUCACUAUGUAAUAUUUUUUAGAAAUAUUCUUCAAGUAAAACAAUUUAUAACAAAAAAUAAUUCCUUAUAUAGAACGCGAUAGUUCAGCAAUUACUUCAGUAUUAAUUUAUCCAAAUCCAGUUUGUUUUAUGAAAUGUAUUUACAUGUUUUUAAGAUUUUCAAAUUAAAAGUUUAAACGUUGCUUAUAUCAAGUUACACAAAUUUAGUUAAAGACGUGUUACAUGGACGUAUGAUGGAGAAUAUUUUAACUAAUUAAGAUAUUAACACGAAUAUUAAAUACGAAGAUAAUUAGAUUCACUGUACUAGAAUCUAUAAAUAAAUAAAUUGAAAUGAUUAAAUAUGAUCUGUUAAGUACCUACAUGAUCACGUCAAGAUACCAUAAAUAAUUUUCACAUAUUUUUAUUUCAUUUUUAUUCGUGCAACAUACUGAUAAAGUUUCAUUAUUCAAUUAUGUAACACUAUAUUUAACAUAUCUAUUUUUUCAAGUACUUUGAAGCAUAUUUGAAGUGGUUAUAUCCCUUUUACCGAUCGAAUUUCAUGAAAAAUGAACAGAAAAAAGUUAUCGUUGCGAAUCGGAUCGCUCUCGUAAGUGACAACCAUCCGUCCAAGGGCUGUAGUA